AUGUUUAGCAAUAUCUUUUUGGUUUGUCUCUUUGUCAGUCUGUACAGCACAGGCUCCUCCUUCAGCUGUAAAUGGAUGACUCAUAAAUUCAGACAAUACAGCCAAAACUCUCUGACUCUGCUCGACACGAUGGGAAAUAAUUCUGGGGAUGCUGAGGAGGAGAGCACGGUGGCCUUCCCUAAUGCGCUCUACAGACACGCAUUCAGAGCAUCAGCUGAGGAUCGGCUUGCUUUUGUGGUGCAGAUCCUGGAGGAGAUCACAGUCCUGUUUGAGGAGGACCAAAGCUCUGCAUCAUGGGAGGAGACCACAGCGGAGAACUUUGUGAAUAUUGUGACCCAGCAAGCGCACGGCCUGCGCUCAUGCAUUGUGAGCCACAGCCACAGGAGGAGAAACAAGAAGCUGAACAUGUAUUUUAAGAGACUCUCACACUCGCAAAUGGGUCACAAUGCUGACGCCUGGGAACUGAUCAGGAAGGAAGUCCGAACUCAUCUACUGAUAGCAGACACACUGGUUUUAUCUGUUCUCACUGCAAACUGA